ACACGAAAAUUAUAUAAAUAAAAGUAAUUCAUCAUCUUAAAACUCAUUAAACUCAUAUUUUUAAUUGGUAUCUCGCGAGAUAAAAAAUUAUAGGAUGGAAAAUCGCCAUAUUGGAAAAUGAGAAAAGUGAAAAUAUUUUGUCGGAAAAACUCUACUAUGUAUACAUAAACACUCUGUCAUUGACAUCUGAAAAAGAUUAGGCUAUUCAGCCACUGAUAUAUGAGGCAGACAUUAUUCAAAUUGAACUUCUUUGUCAGCUAUCAAAAGAUGUGAGGAUCUACUGUAUCAACAAUUGCCGUGUUUACGGCCUUCAAUUUGGCAGUUGAAUUUUAUACAGUGGGAUGAGGAAAAUAGAAGAUACACUAAUUUUAUAUUCGAGAUAGCAUUUACUGCUUUCAAGAACAGUUUGUUGUUAGACAAUGAAAGCAUCAUAACAGCAACUAAAUUUAUUUGUACAUAGUAGAUAUAACCAUUAGAUAUAUAAUACCAUAUGAAUGUUGUGACUUGUGACAUUGCAGCAGUAACUGUCGUUCUGAAUUAUGAUAUAGUGCAGCUGUUGUCGUAGCAAAAAGGAUAUUAUAGUGGUAAUUUGUAAAUGUAAAUAAUAUAGUACAGUGCACUCUAUAGCGAAAUACCAUAGUACGAUCUAAGCCGGACACAGUUAUAUUUUUGUAAUAAAAAACAUUGCAUUUUACUGCCAUAAAACUUGCAGACAAAAGUGAGACGCAACAGGAUUAUCUCUUGAACAGUUAAAUUACCUCUGAGACAAAAAUGAUUCUCAUAUCUACUCAAGACCUUUCAUGUUUGUUUGAGCUAAAAUAUUAAUAUUAUGAACAAUUUAAAUCUCUCCAGGAUCAAGUUAUUAUUAACAAAAUGACAAGGUAGCACAGGGAUUCAACGGUUAUUAGCAGUAUUUUUGAAAAGACACUAUCGUCAGUACUACAGAAAAGGAGAUUCUAUUUGACGUGGAGGAGGUGUUUCUUGAGUAAUUAGAGGUACCUUACAAUGCUUAUACAUUUGUGAUGGCUACUGCAAAGGCUCCGAAGCAUGACUUUGCACCCGCAUGGUUGAAGAUUCCAAAUGAGGAAUCUAAGCCAUCUGGUUCAAAGCAAGCUGAGCAUCAGUCCAGUAGCAGUAAUGGCAGUAAAUCUAGUCACGGGGGUUCAAGACGCGAAAAAUCGUACUCUGGUGGAAGUAACAAUCGACACCCAGGGCCUGACUAUGGUUAUUUGCCACGGCAACGCUCAUUUGACGCACCGUUUGAAGACCGGGGGAGAUAUAACAACACCAACAGUCGUUUCCGACAGCACAAUUCAGUAGAUGAUGAUUACUAUGGUUACUACAAUGGUUACUAUGGUAACAGUUACGGGUAUGAUGGAUAUGGCAGCCAUCACUACAGAUCUCAACCAAUAGGGCUCCCAGUAAGAGGCAUGGAUGGAGGCAAAUAUCAACACCCGCAUGCCAAUUAUCACCAUCAGGGUCCCCCUGGUCCACCAGGCUACCCUCCCUUCUAUGAUUACCCUCACGACUACCCCCCUCAUGACUAUCCCCCACACGACUACUAUUAUGGGGGUGAAUCAUUCUACAACUAUGGUAGACCUGGAGGGAAGAAAAACUACUAUGACAAGUCAGGGUCGGGGAAGACUGGAAAAGAUCGUGAAAUUAAAGAGAAAGCUGAUGGAGAAGCGGUUAAAUUGGAAGAGGAGUUUCCAUCAUUAAAUGGAGAAGAAGCCUCUGAAGAAAAGGCUGCCAAGGUGAAUGGUAAGAGUGUCUGGGAUAGUUGCAGCAGCAAAGUCAAACGUGGAACAUCUCUCUCACCAAAGAAUGAACAUAGCUCCCCUGUAUUGUUAAAGAAAGAACUGCCCAACAAAUCUCAAUCCAGUUCUAACAUGUAUAAAGCCUUGGUGCCUAAUAAGAUCCUCACUCGGAAGACAAGUCGUGAGACAAUGAAAGUAAAUGGUGUAUUUUCUGGUAAAGACAUCAACAGCAAUGGUACCCAUAAAUCUGCCAACAGCACUCCAACUCCAAGCAACAGUGGACAGUCCCCUACCGUUACCCCUGCCAUAGAGAUACUCAACACUAGGCUCGUCACAAACCCAAAACCACUAGGUGACAAGAAGAGUGACUUCCUGGCAGCAUUCAAGAACAGCAAUAGUAAACACACAGAUGAUAUGUCUCUUCAAUCUGACCCAGCUUCUAAAAAGGGUGAGUGCAAUAAGGAAGACCACACAGUUGGAGAUUAUUCAGAAAAGCUGGUCAAUGGGGUGGAUAGUUUGUCAGUGAAACCAGAAUACCAUAUGCUCUCCAGCUCUCUAGAGGCUGAGCAGAGGUUGCUGCGUGAGAUGGGUUGGAAUGAAGCUGAUCAGGAAGAGUACGUGAUCACAGAAGAUGAAAUGAAGGAAUUCCAAAACCUCACAAAACAAAUCAAACAGCAGAAAAAUGGACUAAGUAAAAACCUAGCUAAGCCUUGGACCCCCCUUCAGCAACAAGCAACCGUUGACCCUGAGAAGAUAGAAACCAUUAAGAAUGAAGCCUUAAGUAGUGAUUCUGAUUCAGACAUGGACUGAAUAUAACCGAAUAUUGUGGCCCUUUGCUAUAGUAACAAGGAAAAAUAGGUUACCAAAGCAGCAAAUGUAGUGGCUAUAUUGUUUUUUAUAAUCCUUCCAGCAAGCAACAUUGCUGUUCAAACCAUAUGUUUUUCUGUAUUUUUGAAGUAUUUUUUCAUUAUAAUGACAGGUUUAAUUUGUGCGCUACAUAGUGACAUUAUUUCAGUGCAUAGCUGACAGUGAUCAUCUAUGCUUAUUAUUGGAUGCAACAUUUGUGAGGGAUUAAGUGUUAGGUGGAAGUUUAUUUGUGAUUUGUAUAUUGAAAUACACAAGUAAUAUUGUAUACAAACGUUUGAUUAUCAUAUGUUAGUAUCUCUAUAUAUGUGAGCACUUGAUAUGAACCAUGCAUGAGCACAUGUUCCAUAAAGAAACACUCAAAUUGUUGAAUUCAGUGAUUAACAAGCCAAACAUAUGAUAUAUGAAUGUUGUACUGAGGGAAGGUGAUUAUGUUAUAGACCAUAAAUGAUACGGGACACUUGAUUCAACAUGUUCAAAAUUGAAGGCAAGAUGAAUACAUAAUUCUGUACAAUUUAAUUCCUUCAUUUUUCUUUUGCUCAAUAUAUCUUUUAAUGAUCAUACCUUUGAUACAAAGGUAACAUUUGGCCCAUAUAUAUAUCCCAUAUACAAAAUACAAAAAUUGAUCAAGACAUGCUCCUCCAGAUCAAUC